UUUUGUUCAUCGCAGAUACCUACGUACGUACAUACGUUACGAUUCAUCCUCGCUAGUUGGUCGACAGCCAGCUUUUUUAAUUGACCCUCUUUAACAAUACCUCAACGCCAAAUAAGCCAGCCGGCAUUGCAGUAGGAAAUCGAUGCGAACUUGAACUUGAACUUGAGUGCAAAAAAGCGUGAGACCCGAUGCAUUUUUUAUUCUGAGAUUUAUAUUCAAGGAUUUUCAUUCGAGGUGUAGUCUUGCAUGCACGACUCGCGAUCUAGUGACUUUUUCUCGGGCUGAGGGUCCGCGGGGUCGAGCGUUUUAGCGUUCGUGGACGUGGUCGCCCCGACGAUACCCCGGACGUUCCCGCGGGCUACGUAGGUGUUACUCUUCCUAUCAGGGCUCGCCACAUUUAUUUCGCCCGCAACAAUCGCCAGCCCUUCGCCAAAGAUCCAUUAAUGGUCCCGCCGUGUAUUUCGCUCGACGGCCCGGCGGUGUAAAUAAAGUAUGGAGACGCACGAGAACCGAGCGCAGGAGAGACCGCAGGAUGGAGAAUAUGUAUUUGUUUGGCAAGACUAUCUCGACGCCACGGAGAGUGUGGAAGUUCCACAGAUCGUGUUCCCUCAUGUGGAGUUGACAUUGCAGAACAGUAUUGAGAUAGGCAUGUCAUUAGAAGUACCAGUGCAAAAAAGUAACGAUGAGAAUGAAGUGUCGUAUUGGGUAGCCUCUAUUGUCAUGGCUUGCGGACCCUUAUUGCGAUUGCGUUACUUUGGCGGGGACGAUAGAUCUUUAGAAUUUUGGUUUAAUCUUACGAAAGAAGCUGGCCAUGAACUUGGUUGGAGUGCGAAAAAUAAUAAAAAAUUAAAACCACCUGAUGUUAUACUUGAGAGAUCACCAGACUGCGUAGACAAGCUGCACGAAUUUCUGACAACGGCACGUACACUCCCAGCUGAGAUGUUAACAGGGGAUGGCCUAAGUAUGGCAGAUAGGAUAAAACAGGGUAUGAAGGUUGAGAUAAGUGAUGUGUUGCAUCCGUACAAGUUAUGGGUAGCUACGAUUAUGGAGAACGUCGGAGGACGUCUUUUAUUGAGAUACGAUACUCCAGAUUCUACUCGUGAAGACUUCUGGAUAUUUUGUACAUCCGAGCGUUUACAUUCGUAUGGAUUCACGUCUAAAUCAAAUUUAGAUUCGAUUUCCACUUGGUUUUUGGAACCACCUAGUUCAAUAGUCGAUUUGCAUAAAUAUGAAGACUGGAAGGAGUUGUUAGAAUCUAAACCGAAAGAUUAUGAGUUAGGGGAAGAAUUAUUUAAUAAUAAUGUAGAUCAUCCAAAGCAUAGUUUCGAAGUUGGAAUGAAAUUGGAAGCUUUAAAUCCAGCAGAUAGGAUGAAAAUUUGUCCUGCUACUGUAACGAAAGUAUUUGACGAUAUAUAUUUUCUUGUGAACAUUGAUGUACGCGCUAAAUGCUUGGAUGAAUCAGAUAAUACGCUUGCCUCUAAUAAUUCAGAAAAUAAUACAUGGCUGUGCACUGCAGAACAUCCAUAUAUAUUUCCAAUUGGAUGGGCGCAAAAAAACAAUAUUAUGAUUACCCAUCCACAAGGUUGGACUUCGAAGACGGAAAAUUUUGAUUGGAAUGAAUAUUUGGAAGCAUGCCAUGCUAGCGCAGCGCCUGAGAACUUAUUUAAUGAACGUGCGAGUGCCAGUGAGGCAGGCUUUGAAUGUGGCAUGCGACUGGAAGCUGUCGAUCCAGAACAUGAACAUGUAAUAUGCGCUGCCCACAUUAACAAAAUCGUUGACAAUCUGUUAUGGAUAAAGUUAGAUAACUACGAGUAUUUUCGGCCAGAUCAUAUAGUCGACAUGAAUUCCUUGCAAAUAUUUCCCGUCGGAUGGUGUGAGUCUAAUCACUAUCCGUUAAAACCUCCGCACGACUAUGUAGAAAUUUGUAAGAAAUUAGAAACGUCUGUGAAGGAGGAGAAGAAAACCAAUGUUUUGGACAUACCGAUAUCUGAACCACGCUCUUCUCUCUGGUGUCCAAAGAUAUAUUUUAAUUACCGGUGCUUCACAGGCCCCAUGAUAUCGAAGGGUAAAUUAGCGACACUUCCAAAGUCAGUAGGACCUGGACCAGUUAUAUUGGUCAUGCGGGAAGUUUUGUCAAUGAUAGUAUCUGUUGGAUAUAGAAGUGCUAGAAUUUUAAAGGUUUUGCAAUGUGAUACCAAACCAGAUCCUGGGUUUCACUUAGAAGUCUUGAAGGCAAAGCAUAAAAAUAACACAUAUCGCGCGAGUGUGGCCAUUGUUACAUCGGGAGACAUGGUAGCAGAUUUUUGCAGAAGUAUUUGUAAAAAAUUAAUGGUAUGCCCGAAUUUAUUUGGGCCGUUGCAUAUAUCGGAAAACGAAUGUCCAGAUGAGUGUUAUAAAACGUCAAAAACGAAAUACACAGCCACGGUUGGAACUGGAAAACGAGGAAAACCGAAAGGAUAUACAAGUAUCAUGGUGCAAAAACCGAAACCGUGGGGUAGAAGGCGUAAAAGACGACGUGGCAGAUGGGCAAACAAGCAUAAAGAGGUUCACGAAGAAUACGAUCAGGAAGAUGAAAUGCCAUUUAUAUCGUUAGAUUUGGCGAAGCAUAUUUCAGAGAGCCAAGCUGAAGAGACGUUCGAUGGGAGACAACCGCUCUCAGAGAUAGAUAUCAUGAUACAGAAAGGUUUAGAGAAAUCCGACAAGUCAGAUGACUUUAAAACUGAAGUAGCUUCCAGUAAUGCUUCGGAAGACUCUGGUAGUUCAUUCAACGAUAGAAAAGCUAAAGAUCGAGAACUGCCCAGUCUCCUAAAUUUAAAUUCGAAGCAACAUUCCAAAAGAUUCAAUCAAGGCACGGGGAUCACUAGAGGGACUAAGAGAGAUUGGGACACAAGCAUAGAAUCCGAUUGUUCCGAGGCAGACGCCGAAUAUCUGAAAAUGCAAAAGACACAGCGGCGACCGAAGACUCGAAAGCUGGAUUCAAAUCCAUUAUAUUGGAGCGUAGACGACGUGUUUCGAUACCUCAGAAAAACAAACGACUGCAAAGAUCUUGCGUAUCGCGUCAAAGAAGAGGAGAUUGAUGGUCUUGCGUUUUUGUUGCUGAAUCUUCCCUCCCUUACCCAGCACAUGAAACUACGAACGAGUUUAGCCAUGAAGCUAUGUCGACACGUUGAACAAGUCAAAGUUACAUUUUUCCUACGACAUAUUCACGAAGUAGAGCCCGAGCAAUAUCAAAUUGUUUAAUCGACCUGAUCAAUAAAACCUCUCUUUAUUCACAAUAUACAUGUUACAUAUAGCUAUACCAGAAUUGAUCAACUUAAAAAUAGGAUUCAAGGUUCUUUGGUUAAAAAAUUUCACGUUUUAUCAGUAUUUACUGCUAUUUUACUGUUGUAGUCACAGUAUAUCAAGCUGAUCUUUUUUUUUUUAACUCAGAGGGUUAAUGAAAAGUACAAGGAUUCAGAAUAAAAUUUACGAUCAAUUUGUAUGUAAAUAAGUUACAUAUAAGAUGUAUGUAUUUUCUCGUUUCAAAACUGCUGCACGUAAUAAAUCAGGAAACAUGUGUAA